GGAUGCUGGCGAGACGCUGGAUCCGCUGUUUGGUGGCUUCGCUUUUGUGGAGCGCGACGGCAGCGCAACUGAGGUACUCCGUGUCCGAGGAAGUGACAGAAGGAACCGUGGUCGGGAAUAUCGCCAAGGAUUUGGGAAUAGAUAAGAACACGUUGAAACAGCGGAAGUACCGGAUUGUCUCGAGCGCAGCGGAACCGCUUUUUCAUCUGAACCCGUCUGACGGGAUUCUGUACGUGAGCAGAAAGAUCGACCGAGAGGAGGUUUGUGAGCGCAGCAGUUCUUGCUUGAUGAACCUGAAGACGGUUCUGGAAAACCCACUCGAGGUACACUAUGUUGUUGUGGAGGUGACUGAUAUUAACGACCACUCCCCCGUUUUUCCGGAGGAAGGAAAAACCCUCGAGAUAUCGGAGUCUGUGUUGCCAGGCAUGCGCAUCCCUCUGAAACCCGCGAGAGAUCCAGACAGUGGUUCUUUGUCUGUCCAGCAUUACAGGCUGAGCUCUAAUGAUCAUUUCCGUUUGGAAGUGAAGGAUAAAGGAGAUGACGGCAAGAUUCCAACAUUAAUUGUUCAAAAACAGUUAGACAGAGAAUUAUCUGCGACACAUUCAUUGAUACUGACAGCCACUGAUGGGGGAAAACCCCCGAGAUCUGGCAACAUGAAUAUCAGGGUGAACGUUUUAGACGUCAAUGAUAACCUUCCUAUUUUUAGCAAAGAGGUGAACACAGUGAUGCUUGUGGAAAAUUCUCCAGUUGGCACACUGGUAAUUCAAGUUAAUGCUUCAGAUUCAGAUGAAGGUGCAAAUGGAGAGGUUGUUUAUUCAUUUAGCAACAGUGUUGGACAUAAAAUUUUGAAGUUGUUUGACAUAAACGAAUUAUCUGGUGAGGUCACCGUCAAAGGUGUGAUAGAUUAUGAAGAAAAGGAAGCAUAUGAAAUUGAAAUUGAGGCAUCUGAUAAAGGUCUUGCACCACUGGCCACUCAAAAAAACGUGAUGAUAAAAAUCAUUGAUGUGAAUGACAAUUCACCGGAGAUUGAAGUCACGUCACUUUCAAAUUCUAUUUCUGAAGAUUCCAGACCAGGAACCACAGUGGCUCUGAUAAGUGUGAAUGACUUGGACUCUGGUCUGAAUGGAAAAGUAAUUUGCUCCAUCAGUGAUGAUGUUCCUUUUACUCUAACUCCCUCAGUGCAGGAGAAAAGCUAUGCGUUAGUGACAAAAACAAAUCUAGACAGAGAGAAACAGAAGGAUUAUUCCAUAACUUUAGUUGCAACAGACUCGGGGAAACCGCCACUAUCAUCAGAGAAGAUUAUCAGUGUGUUAGUGUCAGAUGUCAAUGACAACAAACCAGAGUUUUUACAGAGUCCAUACACCUUCUAUGUGAGUGAGGGAAACAAUCCAGGAGCAAGUUUGUUUAGUGUCAAAGCAUCUGAUCUGGAUGAACAUGACAACGCUUUGAUUUCCUAUCAUAUCCUGAGAGAUGGAAGUAAAGACAACAAAAUAGCUUCAUUCCUGAACAUCAACUCAGAUGAUGGACACAUUUCUGCUCUGAAAAGCUUUGACUUUGAGACGGUGAAGAGUUUCCAGUUCCAAGUUGUGGCCACAGAUUCUGGAAGUCCGUCACUGAGCAGCAACGUGACAGUGAACGUGUUCAUCCUGGAUCAGAACGACAACCCUCCAGUCAUCCUGUAUCCAGUCAACUCCAACGGUUCUGCUGAAGGUGUGGAGGAGAUUCCCCGCAAUGUGAACGCAGGACACUUGGUGACUAAAGUCCGAGCUUAUGACGCUGAUGUAGGUUAUAACGGCUGGUUACUGUUUUCACUGCAGCAAGUUUCUGACCACAGCCUCUUUGGUUUGGACCGCUAUACGGGACAGAUCAGAACUCUCCGCUCGUUCACAGAGACAGACGAGGCGGAACAUAAACUGGUCAUACUGGUCAAAGACAAUGGGAACGUGUCUCUGUCAGCAACAGCUACUGUGCUGGUCAAAGUUGUGGAGCCCAAAGAGGCUUUUGCUGCUUCUGAUGUGAAAAGCUCAGCAAAAGUGGAUGAAGACACGGAUGUGACUUUUUACCUGAUGAUCACUUUGGGCUCAGUUUCAGUCCUUUUCAUCAUCAGCAUCAUCGUGUUGAUCGCAAUGCAGUGCUCCAAAUCCACAGACUACACUUCUAAAUAUCUCCAAGAGACCAACUAUGAUGGAACUCUGUGCCACAGCAUCCAGUACAGAUCUGGAGACAAGCGCUACAUGCUAGUUGGACCCAGAAUGAGUAUUGGAUCUACUAUAGUUCCUGGCAGCCAUGCCAACACUCUGGUGCUGCCUGACAGGAGGAGGCCUUCUGAAGAGGUAUGGAAUCAUUUAUUUGACUUAGUUCAAGAGUACAUGUGGCUAUAUCAUUUCAGAACUGGGAUUCUUGAGUGA